AUGGCUAGCGCUUCGCGAUCAGGGACUGGCUCUCCGUCGCACGAGAUGCCUGGUUCCAGCAGGUUGUUCUCCAAGAGAGCCCGUGAGAUUCAAGCCCAAGAAGGCGUGCCUGGAUUGCCGGUAAAUCCAUGGGGCGGUCCGCCAACGAGCGGCAACUCCACGCCCCUCCGCGAGAACAUCCCCGAGUCGCCAACCGAUGGCUUUCCUGACUUCGCCCAACUCCCCACACCUGAUUCCAUGCCCCAGGCAAGACGCGCUCGUGCUGGAACUGUGCCCUCGCGAUUCUCGCCUGGCGGUGCUGGCAAUGGCCUGCUCAGUAUCCCCGCGAUGGCUCCCAAGUCGUCGCGGCCUACACCCUCCCACAGCCCCUUCAAAUCUCCGUCCCCUGGCCUCGAGCCAACCGAGACGGCUUCCAACAACUCCGCCCUGCUAUCGCGUCUCCGAGCAGGGUCGAUGCCUCAGAGAAGCCCGUUUGCGCAGAUCCCAGGCACCAGCUCGCCCUUCGGGCCCUCAAUCUUCAGCAGCUGGAACCCUGCCGGUACCGGCCGCGAUCGGGGCAUGACGCUUGCGAGCAUUGCUAGCAUCGGCUCGACAAACGGGCCAAGCUCGCCGACCCAGUCCCAGAUUUCUAGAGAAGGGGGUGGAGAGAGUGAUGUUCAUAUGAGAACACUGGAUUAUUUGGGACUGGCCGAGACGCCGCAGCCCCCCCGCGCCCAAUUGGCAACCCCGUACAUUCCGAGCUUCAACGAGUUUACUAAGGCUAACCGUUUCCGUUCAUACUCGGUCAACAACAAGGAUAAGUAUGCCGACGAGGAGGAGGAUGACUUUGAGGAGAACAUGACUCUCGAGAGUCAGUACGUUGCCCACCUCCAGGACCAACUCGCUGCCACCAACGCUGCCAUCCACAACCACAACCUGGCUGUGCAGGCUUUUGCGAACCAGGCCACACGCCCCCGCGCCAGGACCGCCGGUGUUCUUGAUACGCCUGGUUCUCGCCUCAUGCGUACUUAUAUGUCUGGUAACGGUUUGGGCAAUGCAGUUCCUCCUGCUGAGAUCCGCAUCCCGGACGAAAAGGAUUUUGACGACCUUCCUCAAGCUGUGGCUGCUAUGAACCUUGGACGAUCAAGCAGUCGUAACGCCGGCUUGCUCAAUGCGGAGGACCAGGGUCUCGAGGGCCCUACCAGCGCUCUCUGGCUCGGCAGCAUCCCGACUUCCACCACGACGUCGACUCUGACGGAAAUGUUCAAGUCGUACGGCCCCAUUCUAUCCGCCCGUGUCCUUACACACAAGAACUGUGGUUUUGUCAACUUUGAACGGAUGGAGAGUGCCAUCACCGCCAAGGCCAGCAUGAAUGGCAAGGAAAUCUUCCCCGGAGCUGGCCCGAUUCGCAUCAACUUUGCCAAGCCGCCCUCUGCUUCGAAUACUCCCGGCCCUGACGGCGUUUUCCCUUCGCCCAGCCCUGACCCCUUCUCGAAGACCCAGGACAAUGCGCAGAAUGCAGCCUCUGGCACCGCCGCUGACAAUGGAAACACUGCAGCUCAGUCAGCCAACGCUGCCCCCACUGUGCCUCCUUUGUCCGAGAUGACGAACGACAUCCUGCGAAUCGUGAAGCAGUUCCAGGCUUCGGACGAGGAUACUGCCAAGAUCUCCCGUAGCCUUCAAUCCUCUAUCCAGUUUACCAACUUUAUCGACGAGAUCCCUCCCAUUCGGGAGCCCGCCCAUACCCGUGUUCACGAUGCUCCGAGACUCAGAGACAUCAGGAAGAGAAUCGACAACCAGAGCCUGUCUCAGGCCGAGAUUGAGACGACUGCCCUCGACAUGCUGCCCGAGAUUGCCGAACUCUCGUCUGACUACCUCGGCAACACGGUUGUACAGAAGCUUUUCGAGCACUGCUCCGACGAGCUCAGGGAUGCCAUGCUUGCCGAGAUCGCUCCUCACAUGGCGGAGAUUGGUGUACACAAGAAUGGUACCUGGGCUGCCCAGAAGAUCAUCGAUGUCUGCAAGACCCCUCAUCAGAUGACGUUGAUUGUUGAGAACCUGCGGCCCUACACGAUUCCUCUGUUCCUUGACCAAUAUGGCAACUACGUUCUCCAGGGAUGCCUCAAGUUCGGAGCCCCAUUCAAUGACUUCAUCUUUGAGACGAUGCUCAGCCGGAUGUGGGAGGUGGCUCAGGGUCGCUACGGCGCCCGAGCCAUGCGUGCGUGCCUGGAGAGCCACCACGCGACCAAGGAGCAGCAGCGGAUGCUUGCUGCCGCAAUCGCGUUGCACAGCGUCCAGCUUGCCACCAACGCCAACGGAGCUCUUCUCUUGACUUGGUUCUUGGACACCUGCACAUUCCCCCAGCGCAGGACCGUUCUGUCACCCCAGCUGGUCCCCUACCUCGUGCACCUUUGCACCCACAAGGUCGCCUAUCUCACGGUGCUGAAGGUGAUUAACCAGAAGGCCGAGCCCGAGGCGCGUGACACCAUUCUGAAGGCUCUCUUCUUCACGCCCAAUGACCAGGUCCUCGAGGCGAUCCUCAGCGACCACGCCUGCGGUGCCACGCUCAUCUUCAAGGUUCUCACCACCCCCUUCUUCGAUGAGAGCAUCCGCAGCCAGGUAGUUGAGAAUGUCAAGAACGUGCUGAUGAACCCAUCGGUCAACGCUUCCAACUACGAGUUGGGCUUCGGCGGCCAACGCAGCGAACCUGCCGACGCGAGUAUGCCGCCUUUCCCUCCGUUUGGCGUGCAGAACCCCAUGUACAACUCAUCGAACUCUCCGAUGCCGACCCCCGCGAACUUGCAGCAGCUGCAAUACCAGCAGAAUUUGCUCAACCGCGCAACGCCUCCUGUCAACAACUUCUUUCCCCCGAUGCAGGCAGGCUUUGGAGGUUACAGCAGCCCGAGUCCAUCAAUCGACCAGUACCGCAGCCAAAACCUGGCCAACGGCAGCCCUAUUCAGCCGCCGGCGACCCAACUCCCUCAGAUGGCACCCGGCCAAGCGCCGUAUGCACCCCCUGGAUUUGGUAUGAACAUGGGCAUGACGGGUUACGGCGGCUACGGCAACAUGGGAGGCAUGCAGAACAUGGCAUAUAUGCAACAGGAGCAAGUCAAUGGAAGACGUGGCCGAACGAAUCGCUGGUCAGAGACGGUCUGA